AUGAACUCUAUUCAAUUUUCUCCGAACCUGUCCCAGGCCGGUAACCUGCAAGGGCCGGACUCUCCAGAGUCCUCUAUGCACGCCGGUUCUACUUUGACUGACCCUGACGUGAAGAUUGAAACUCCUACUGAACGAUCACUAUCUACGUUUGAACGAGUGUUCUCUACCCACGCACCCAUAUUUGAGUCUUUCCUCCUCCAGGCGCCAACAGAUACCAUUUUCCAACUCUACCAUACCUCUCGUUAUCUCAGAAGCCUUCUCAGAUCAUACCCAACAGCAUGGCAGUAUCUAUCUUUCCGUCUGUUCUACCCGUCCGGUACCCAAACAAGGCUAGUCUCCAGUUGGACAGAGCUUUUGUCGGCGCAGCGGCAAUCCUAUUCUCUCGACCAACUACUUCUCCAGGUCAUCCUGCCAUUCAGCCCGACGCUGAGAAGCUUGGAUUUGGAUAAUACGGCAGUGAACGGGCAAAACCUCACAUCUACUGUGCUGAAUAUGCGGAGGGAUACUCUCGAACAUCUUUCAGUACGAGGUUGUAAGAACGUGUCAUUGAAAUACCACAUUAUCCCAUAUCUCACUAUGUUUAAACUCCAAUACGAUGCGGACCUGCUACAUAAUCCUGAUAAUCCUACCCCAACAAAACGUCUUGCUCUUAAAAGCUUAUAUGCUUAUCGAUGCCGCCAUCACAGACGUCGUCCUUAUCUCUCGUCUUCUCUGCUCCGCCGGGAUUCCGAUGCUGAUCCCACUCACGAUUUUGUUACGCUGUGUCAUACGCUAGGGAUUUGGACAGAUACUGCAUGGUGCACCACUCCUGGGUGGCGUUGCUUCAGGAGAAAGGGCUAUGUUUCAUCCAGGUCACCACAGGGAACGCGGGAAGUGUGGGUUGUGUUUGACAGGUUGUGGAGAUCAAAAAAUUGGAUUGGAGCAAUAAAUGAAAGGGAUGGUAGAACUUCGAAGCGGGAUGGGCGGCUUUGGGAGCACGACGAAACAGGCUGCUUUGGCGAAGCUCUGGGAACAGCUGAUGGACCCGAAUACGGAGAAGGGAAAACGGUCCCUACCCAUCUACGAAAAAGUCACACUCGUUUUGUGAAUAAUAUAACUUGUGAUGAGUGCGACGAGCUUAUUUUGGAGCGGUGUGAACAAUGCAGCGUCUUAAUGCACUGUGUUGGCUGUCGCAGGACUCUUUGUUAUAGCUGCGCAUUCGACCGCCCAUAUCCCCGAAGGAAACCAAGGGAGGGUGCUACGAGUGAACAUUUGUGGUGGGCACCAGGAACAGCGAUAUCUCCAUGCGCUAUGCUGGAUGAACAAGCUCUCAACAACCAGCCACCUGCUGGUUUCAUUUACCCUAGUUUGAAAUUUUACUGGUGCUGUACUGAGCCUUCAUUUAGUGGUGGGGGCGGGAUCAGCCUUGGAAUAGCCAACAGAGAUGUCGAUCGGCUCCGGGCGACACCCCUGCCCCGCGGCCAAGGGUGGGAAGAUCUCGAAUUCUCAACGAAUGAGUGGCUCAAGACUUUCCCCAAGGAUGCGUACGGAAACCCACCGGACCACAGCCGUCCGGAAGGCCAUGCGGAAAUGAUGCGCUGGCUACUUGGUCCACCCGACUAUCAGGCAUCUAUCUGCCCCAGAAAUCUAUGUCAACAAUGCUACGAUAGGCCACAAUGGAAAGUGCACUGUAAGGGUUGCACUAUGCCUUUAUGUAUGGAACAUGAUCUGCGAGGUUUACGUCUUCGAAUAUGCGGAUACCGGGAUCUUGUUAUGGAAAAAAUGGAUCUUGCAAUCACCGCGUCAUCUCCUGGAGAGGGCCAAGCGGAAGCACAUGUUCAAAAUACACCCUCACCAGCGGAUCCAGGCCAACCUAGCACCACCAGAGGCCGGCCGGUUGCUGAAUAUUCGACAUCAUCACCUCGUUUCAACCUAGCCAUGAUAAAUGCUCUAUCAUCUCAAUUAUCCGAUGCCUCCAUUUCAACCAGCGAACCCGUACCAACCCAUAUAACCCCAUCCAACCAGCGCACUAUCCAUCAAAGUUCUAUGAUUCAAACUCCCUCCUCUACCUCUAACAAUCACAGUCGCUCCUCAUCCCCCGCCUCCGUCUAUUUCGAAGCAUCUCCAGAAGUCCGUAAAAGGUGGAUGGGGUGCCAGUCCAUCUUCUGCCCUCAAUACAGAGCUGUGGGAGAUCAACGUCAACGCUGCUCCAGCGUUCUACGAGAAUGCACAUCCUGCUCAGUGCAUGUAUGUCAAGACUGCAUCCAAGAAAACCCGCCUUGCUCAUGUUCAUACUGCAAUCUUAACUACAUGUGUCCCAACUGCUAUCUCGCCAAGGAGCUCGAUGGAACCUGCCGCCGUAUCGAGGAGGAGCGUAUACAACGCGAGGAGAAGCAGAAACGCGAUCUGGAAAUGAUCGAAAUUGCCAUGGAGCGCAACCUGGCUAAUGAAGUUGCGUUAUUUGCGGGUCAAUUCUUUGUGGGGUUGUUACGGAAUAUUGGCGAGCAUGAAGCCGAAGGACUUGGAAGUGACAGUGAUGGUGAAGAUGGUGAGGAUGAUGAAGGCGAUGAUGACGAUUAUGAUGAUGUAGCAGGGUCUGAUUCUGCCUCUCAAAAUCUCACCUCAGCCCCUUCAGGCGACAACAAUAAUGGUGAUGGUAAUAUUCAAACCCAGAACUUCAACCCCACCCACCCAUCGAGCCAGCUACAUGUUCCCCAGCCGGGCCCUGCGAUCAACGACGACUAUGACGAUAAUGGCAGCGUAUCAGAGGAGACGGAGUUACUGGGCGAAUGA